AUGUCGAAAAGAGAAUUUUUAGAUCAUUCAAUUGAUAUAUUGUCAGCAACAACAAAUAGAACAUCACACGAGUUGCUCAAAUCCUUGCAAUCAACGACUAGCGCAGUUGAUACGAAUGAAAUUUCUGUUUCAUCAGAAAUAUUUGAUGAAUGUUCUUUUAAGAGAAAGAAAGUAAGCGAUGCAAAAAUAAAAUAUAACGACGUAGAUCCACGACUUAAAUUCACAACGAUGCGCGUAAAAAAAGUAGAAUUCAGAAGACGUAUUAUUAAUUUAAUUAUAAAGCCCGAAUUAGACACCAAGGAGCAAUCAAAUAUUAUUCAAGAUAAAGAUACAUCUCGGUUUCAUUAUUAUAUUCAAAAUGGAUUGAAUACGAUAUAUAUCACUCCGAUAGAUCGAAUUAUUAUAAAAAAUAUUUUAUUAUUAAUUUCCAAGAAGCACAAAGAGUCAUUUCAUCAAUUAGUGGAAGAGCUACUAAGUGAAAUUAAAGAGGAGUAUUUAUUGACAUUAAAGAGAUUGACUAUUGAUUUUGCUUUUCAAAACCGAUCAAAACACGAAUCAAUGCCGACGCUAUUAAUUACUCGUCUUAAACAACAAUUUCCACAUAAUUUUUCGAGAUAUUUCAUUCAUCGUAAGGCAAAUAUUAAGCAAAAUUUAAAUUUAAUUAAUCCAUGUAUGAAGUUUUCUUGGAGUUUUUGGAACCAAGAUUUUAAUGAUUUUCGAUUAAUUAAUAUUCAAGAGAUAAAAGAGCAUUCGGGACCAUGGGAUUUAAUGGAUUUUCAGAGUACCAUCGAUAAACAAGUUCACACGGCUAUAAAAUAUUUAAAAAUUCAUUGGUUUGGCGGUAUACAAGAAAUAUUUUUAAUAAAUAGCAGAAAAAAUUUGGUACCUAGUCCUCUUAACCAUAAAAAAUUUAUUUGUUUUUUUAACUGUAUUGCUAAAUUAAUGGAAUCGCAACUUUUGUCAUUGUUCAAACGCAGCCUUCAGGAUUUUCUAAACUACAUUUUUAACGUACAGCAAUCUAGUAACACCUAUAAGAUUAAUGUUAUCGUUAAAUCUAACGAAAUAUACUUCGAUCCACCUUUUCAAUAUUAUAAAAACAUUAUUGGUAACGUUCUAAACGUAAUGAGUGAUGCAACAAUGGUUUUUGAAAAACUUGAAACUCAGCUUUUUCUCGACUGGUCCGGCCCUCAAACUUUCCUCAAGCCAAGUAUCUCUUACAAUAUUAUUGACGAUUAUAAACAACAAAUCGCUGAAUUGAUUCAAGAACAAACCCUUAUUCCUAUGUCAACUAUAGAAGAACUUGAAAAGUAUAGGAAAUUCUUUGACGGUCAAGAAUUGGCAAAAGUGACAGAUUUCAUAGAAAAUGAAAAAAAUACUUUCUCAGAGUAUGAAGAAUUGAUUGAUUAUUAUUAUAAUCUUCAAAAUAGAAUUUUCAUCGACAAUGAUACAUCCAUUCUUACGACCUUAUUUGAAGUGAAUCGAAAGGAGUUCUUAGAAACAGUAAUUAAUAAUAUUAUCCAUUUAAAGGAUAUGUUGCUUAAUGUAUUAGUUUCCCAAUAUCAACAAAAAGUAAAAACCAUUAUUACGGAGUAUGAAUCGAUAGCAGAAUAUGCUAAUAGCUUUCCGCAAAAUACUGCAGCAUUAAUGGACAUGAUUGAUUUUAUGAAAAACGUUGAGAAUUAUACUUUGAAACUGUUAGAAGAACAACUGUACGAUGUUCUUGAAAAUAUAGUAUUUUUAUCGAAUUAUUGGCUCCUAACUAAUGAUGAAAUUCGCAACAAUAAUACAGCGUUUCAAUGGUAUUAUAAGAUGUCAGAAAUUGUAGAGAAGAAUAAGCUGUUUAUUGAAAAGAAAACCCAAGAAUUUCAAGAGUCACUUAAAGCAAGGUAUCUGAAGUUUAACAAGGAGUUAGAUAACCAAGCUAAGCAUGUCGAAGAAUAUCAAUAUUUUGGAGACAUUGAAGACAUAUUCCGAUAUCAGAGAAAGGCACAAAAUUUAGAUAAUAAACUGAUAAGCGCUAUGGAAAAAAUUGAUAAAUUUAAUGAAGAAGAAACUGCAUACCAGUGGAAAACUACGCAAUAUCCUUUAAGAAGACAGAUCGCUCAACGUUUAGCCCCGUAUAAAAAAUUGUACGAUAGCGGCUGUGACUUUUUAUCGAAAUAUGAAAAGUGGACGACAUCGACCAUUGGCUCGUACGAUCCUGAAGAAAUUGAGAACGACGUAUCUGCAGGUUUCAGAACAAUAUUCAAACUUGAGAAAACCUUUUCCGAAACUGCGCCAAAACGACUCGCAAUAAGCAUUCGCACGAAAAUGGAAGAUUUUAAGCAUCGUAUGCCCAUAAUAAUGACUCUAGGAAAUCCUGGACUGAAAGAACGACAUUGGCAGGAAAUAUCGGAGAUUGUAGGAUUUAAAAUUAAAGUUGACGAGAGUAUGACGCUUAAAAGAGUCUUGGACAUGAAUCUUGACGGUUUCAUUGAAAAUUUUGAGAGUAUUGCCGAAUCAGCGUCCAAAGAAAAUACUUUAGAAAAAACUUUAAUAAAGAUGGAGAAAAAUUGGGUCGAUGUGAAUUUUACCCUAAGCCCUUAUAAAGAUAGCGGAUCUUAUGUUGUUUCUGCAGUUGACGAUAUUCAAUUGACGCUCGACGAUCAUAUUAUGAAAUCCAUGAUCAUGAAGAAUUCAUUAUAUAUGAAACCAUUUGAGGAGCAAAUUUUAGCUUGGGAGAGAAAACUUUCUUUGCUACAAAGUAUACUUGAUCAGUGGCUAGCUGUUCAAAGUACCUGGAUGUAUCUCGAGCCAAUUUUCUCAUCGCCGGACAUACAGCAACAAAUGCCGGAGGAAGGAAAAAAGUUCUCCGUCGUUGACAAGUCGUGGAAAGACAUAAUGAAAAAUAUUUUAAACAAUCCGCGUGUCUUAGCGGUUAUCGAGAUUGAGAAACUUUUGGAAAGGUUAAAGAAGAAUUAUGCUUUGCUCGAAUUAAUUCAAAAAGGUCUCAACGCAUAUUUGGAAAAGAAACGUCUCAUAUUUCCAAGAUUUUUUUUCUUAUCGAAUGAUGAAUUAUUGGAGAUUUUAUCGGAAACUAGAGAUCCAACACGAGUUCAGCCCCACUUGAAAAAGUGCUUCGAGGGUAUCGCCAAACUGACGUUCGACGACGACCUGAACGUGUACGAGAUGGGCUCGUCGGAGGGUGAGUUGGUGCCCCUCUGCGACAUAAUCUCGACGGUAGCGGCACGCGGUCAGGUAGAGAAGUGGCUCAUCGACCUUGAAAUUGGCAUGAAAAAGAGCAUAAAGGACAGAGUGAAUAAGGCCAUCGACGCUUAUCCGACGAAGCCGCGAACAGUUUGGGUUCUCGAAUGGCCCGGACAAACGGUCCUCUGUGUCGGCCAGCUCUUUUGGACCUUACAAAUCGAGCAGGCUAUGAGGGAGGAGGGCCUCGAAGGACUCAAGAGGUACUACCAACAGUGCCAGCAGGAGCUCCAUGACAUCAUAUUGAUCAUACGAGGGAAACUAUCCAAGCAGAAUCGAGUUACCCUAGAGGCACUGGUAACAUUAGAUGUUCAUGGUAAAGAUGUUCUUCUUGACUUAUGCAACAACAAUGUUGUAGAUAGUAAUGAUUUUAACUGGCUUUCUCAACUUAGAUAUUAUUGGAUGGAAGAUGAUAAUAUGUGGACGUACAUGAUAAAUUCACACCUGGGUUACGGGUAUGAGUACCUGGGUAAUACCGGACGUCUCGUUAUAACUCCUUUGACCGAUAGGUGCUAUCGUACGCUUUUUGGUGCCUUAAGUUUACAUUUGGGAGGUGCGCCCGAAGGCCCAGCUGGUACCGGAAAGACCGAAACUACGAAAGAUUUGGCUAAGGCUGUGGCCAAGCAGUGCGUCGUAUUUAAUUGCUCCGACGGUUUAGAUUAUAUCGCUUUGGGUAAAUUCUUCAAGGGAUUGGCUUCUUGUGGAGCUUGGUCUUGCUUUGAUGAAUUCAACCGUAUUGAUCUUGAGGUACUUUCUGUCGUCGCUCAACAAAUUCUGACAAUUCAACGAGGAAUAAACUCGGGACACGAUAAGAUGUUCUUUGAAGGCACAGAAAUUUCAUUGGAUCCAAGUUGUGCUGUCUUUAUUACUAUGAAUCCAGGAUAUGCAGGAAGAUCAGAGUUGCCAGAUAAUUUGAAAGCUUUAUUUAGAUCUGUAGCUAUGAUGGUGCCAGAUUAUGCUCUUAUAUCUGAAAAUACUCUAUACUCAUAUGGGUUUUACAAUGGUCGACCACUGUCGAUUAAAAUUGUUACGGCUUAUAAACUUUGUUCGGAGCAACUAAGUAGUCAAUGUCAUUACGAUUAUGGCAUGAGAGCAGUGAAGUCUGUUCUAGUUGCAGCAGGAAAUUUGAAAUUGAGAUAUCCAGAAGAAUCCGAAGACAUACUACUACUAAGAAGUAUCAACGAUGUUAAUUUACCGAAAUUUCUUAGCCAAGAUUUGCCAUUAUUCCGAGGUAUUGCUUCGGAUUUGUUUCCAAAUGUCAAAUUGCCUGAUCCCGACUAUACAUAUUUAAAUGCUUGCGUAAAAGAGGCUUGUAUCGCAGCUAAUCUUCAGUGCACAGACUUCUUUCUGAAAAAAAUUCAGGAAAUAUAUGAAAUGAUGAUAGUCAGGCACGGCUUCAUGAUCGUCGGUUUGCCAUUUGGUGGGAAAACCUCGGCCUAUCGAAUACUCGCUGAUGCCCUGCGUAUACUCGAAGAGAAGGGUUUGAUGGAUGAGCAUCGCGUCGAAAUAACUGUUAUCAAUCCGAAAUCCAUAACUAUGGGCCAACUCUAUGGGCAAUUUGAUCCUGCUUCCCACGAAUGGAAAGAUGGAAUUUUAGCCGUUAGUUACAGAGCCUUUGCUACGUCUCAAAAUGCAAAUAGAAAAUGGUUGAUAUUUGACGGCCCUGUCGAUGCUAUUUGGAUUGAGAAUAUGAACACAGUAUUGGAUGAUAAUAAGAAAUUAUGUCUCAUGUCUGGGGAAAUUAUUCAAUUGGCAUCAACCACGAAUUUAAUUUUCGAACCAAUGGAUCUUGAAGUAGCAUCGCCUGCAACGGUAUCAAGAUGUGGCAUGAUUUAUAUGGAGCCCGUUUCUCUAGGCUGGGAACCACUUUUACAAUCAUGGUUUCACGUUUUACCAAAGACUUUAAGUGGCCAUAUAAAGAACCAUUUGAAGGAUAUGUUUCUUCGAUUUUGUUCAGCUAUAUUACACUUCAUUCAUCGUUGUGACGUUAAGGAAAUCAUAAGUAUGCCAGACGCGAACUUAGUGCGCUCUGUAAUGUAUUUUUUCGAUUGCUUCAGCGAUGAUUUUAAAAAUGUAUCGUAUAUUGAAAAUAAUUCGGAUUUAGAUAUAAGAGGUCAAAUUGAGGGUUGCUUUUUCUUUUCUUGUAUUUGGGCAAUGAGCAGUACAAUUUUCGUAUCAUAUCGAUCGAAAUUUGAUAUAUUAUUUCGUGGUUUAAUUGAAAAUGAGCUACCUUCGGAUGUCAAGGAAUUAUUCUUCUUGCCCGAUACAAUAGUAAAUCCCACAAAAUCGUAUGUGAAUAGCAUUCCCGCCGAAGGACUCGUACAUGAUUAUAAAUUCAUUAAAGAGGGAAAAGGAAAGUGGGUAUUAUGGACGGAUGAUCUUCUUAAUGAUCCACCAAUUCCUCGCGAUAUACCAGUUAAUCAAAUUAUUAUUUCGACCAUUGAAACAGUUCGCUAUUUCUACUUAUUUAAAAUGCUCGUUUGUCACCAAAAACCAGUACUUCUAGUUGGUCCAACUGGAACUGGAAAAUCUGCUUAUAUUAAAGACUUUUUACUGAAUAAAAUUAAUCCAGAUGUUUAUAAAACAUUAUUUAUAACAUUUUCUGCGCAAACGACGGCAAAUCAAAUACAAGAUAUAAUAAUGAGCAAAUUGGAUAAAAUAAGAAAAUCAGUUUACGGAGCUCCUCCUGACCAAUUUUGGGUAAUUUUCGUGGACGAUGUUUCUAUUUCACAAAAAGAAGAAUAUGGAGCGCAACCACCAAUCGAAUUGCUUCGGCAAUGGUUGGAUCACAGUAAUUGGUAUGAUCGUAAAAAUCUGGUGCCAACGCGACUUGUAAAUAUGCAGCCAAUAUGUGCGAUGCUUCCACCUUCUAGUGGAAAGGACGUGACGCCGCGAUUUAAGCGGCAUUUCUUCACAUUAUGUAUAUCAGAAUUCGAAGAUGAUGUUAUGGUUACAAUAUUCAGUAAAAUUCUUGCCUGGCACAUUGAUGCUCAAAAUUUUCCCGAAAUUUUUCAAAGCUACAUUGACGAGAUCGUUCGAGGGACUUUGGAUGUCUAUAAAGACGCUUUGAAGUUUCUUUUACCAACUCCUACGAAAUCCCAUUACUUAUUCAAUCUCCGAGAUUUCUCAAGAGUUAUUCAAGGAAUAUUAUUGUCAAGCCCAGCAUCGACAGGCAAUCUGCUACAAUUAAAAAGAUUAUGGGUUCAUGAAUUACUUAGAGUAUAUGGCGAUCGUUUAGUCGACGAUGCCGAUAAUACUUGGCUAGUUGAAAACAUUCGUAAUGUAUUGUUAAACAGAAUGGAAGAGAAUUUAGAUGAACUAUUUUCGGAUUUCGCUAGCGAAUCUAAUUCCAUUACCGACUUGGAAUUGAGAAAUCUAAUAUAUUGCAAUUUUCAAGAGCCUAAUACUGAUACGAAACUAUAUUCGGAAGUAUCGAAUAUAGAUAAAUUGACAUCAGUUGUGGACCAAUAUUUGGAAGAAUAUAAUGCCGUUUCUAAGAAACCAAUGAAUCUAGUACUUUUUAGAUUUGCGAUCGAACAUCUUUCGAAAAUCAAUCGAAUUCUGAUGCAACCCAGUAGUCAUGCUCUGCUUAUUGCAGUUGGCGGCUCUGGAUGUCAAUCAUUGACGCGCUUGGCUGCUCAUAUCUCUGAUUAUGAUUUAUUUCAAAUUGAAAUCUCAAAGACAUACGGCGUUACCGAAUGGCACGACGAUUUGAAGGACAUUUUAUGCAAGACAGCCUGGUUUGAACAGCACGUGGUCUUCUUGUUUACCGACGUUCAAAUAAAAGAGGAAUCGUUUCUUGAGGAUAUUAGCAAUUUGUUAAAUUCCGGCGAAGUGCCCAAUUUAUUUACCUCGGAUGAGAAAAUUGACAUCUGCGAAAAGAUGCGGCAGAUUGAUCGACAGCGUGACAAAUCUCAGCAAACCGAUGGUACUCCCAAUGCUCUCUUCAACAUGUUCCUUCAAAUCCUUAAAGACCAGUUGCACGUCGUAAUAUCCAUGUCGCCAAUUGGUGAUAAAUUUCGCGUUAGAAUUCGCAAAUUUCCCGCCCUUGUUAAUUGCUGCACUAUAGAUUGGCUGCAGCCGUGGCCCGAGGACGCAUUGACCGCCGUAGCUACUAAGUUUUUAGAUAAAAUUGAGCUCUCGGCCAGCGAGAAAUCAGCCUGCAUCGACAUGUGCCAGAUUUUUCAUACAUCGACGCAAAACGUGUCUAAAGAAUUUUUUGCACGCACCAAGAGGCAUAAUUACGUAACGCCCACGUCGUAUUUGGAAUUGAUUAAUACGUUUAUCAAGAUAUUGCAACAGAAGCGCAAGGAAGUCCUGGGGAGAAAAAAGAAAUUUAUAGUUGGCUUAGAGUCGCUUAAUAAUGCUCAUAUAGAAGUUAAGAAAAUGAAGAAAAAUCUCAUAGAACUGCAGCCAAAGUUAAUCGAGGCUACCAAAGAUGUUCAAAAAGUAUUGAAAACUAUUCAAACAGAAACAGCCGAAGCCGCGAAAAUUGAACAAAUUGUUAAAAAGGACGAGGAAGCGGCAAUGGCCGUAGCUGAUGCCGCGGAAGCCAUUAAAGCCGAGUGCAAUGCAGAUUUGAAGGAAGUUUUGCCAAUUUUGAAUGCAGCUAAUCACGCGCUAAAUACCUUAACUCCGCAAGACAUUCAAAUUGUUAAAGCUAUGAAGAAUCCUCCUGCUGGCGUCAAGCUCGUCAUGGAAGCUAUUUGCAUUUUAAAGGAUGUUAAACCAGAUCGGGUACAGGGAGAACUUGGAAGAAUGGUGGACGAUUAUUGGAAACCAUCGUUGCGCGUUUUAGGUGACAUCAAGUUCCUCGACAGUCUUCUCUCAUUUAACAAAGACAAUAUUCCCGAGCGAAUAAUAACGAAAAUUCGCACAUCCAUACUAACAAAUCCAAACUUCGAUCCUGAUAAAAUUCGUAAUGCUUCGACGGCAUGCGAGGGUCUAUGUAAAUGGGUCAUCGCUGUGUCAGAGUACGAGAAAGUGGCCAAAGUUGUGGCUCCAAAGAAGAUCGCCUUAACAAAAGCUAAAGCCAGCUAUGCUUACGCUAUUUCUGGCGUUGAAGUAAAGCGAGCCAAACUUCGAGAAGUCCAAAAAGCAGUGGAUGAACUUCAGAAAUUGCUGGAAAGUCGUCAAAACGAUUAUCAACAGAUGACCGACGAGGUGGCGCUCUGUCAAGAAAAGCUCCAACGGGCUGAGGAUUUGAUUCGCUGCUUGGGUGGCGAACGCACUCGUUGGUCCGAAAUCGCAAAGACCCUGGGCAUCCGUUACGAUAACUUGACGGGUGACAUAUUAAUCGGCGCUGGCAUCAUCGCAUAUCUCGGCGUCUUCACAGCUUAUUACAGGCAAAAACAGAUCGACAAAUGGAUAACCGUUUGCAUGAAUUUUAACUUAGUAUGCACCCAAGACUUUCAAUUAUCUCAUAUAUUGGGCGAGCCCUUGACGAUACGCGCCUGGAAUAUCUUCGGUCUACCCACCGAUCUCUUCUCCAUCGACAAUGCCAUUAUCGUCAAGUAUUCCCAACGCUGGCCUCUGAUGAUCGACCCGGAGGGCCAAGCAAACAAGUGGAUCAAAAAUCUUGAAAAAUCCGCAAACAUCCAUGUAAUCAGAUUCACUCAUUUGAAUUACAUGAGGGUAUUGGAGAACGCUAUUCAAUUUGGCCAGCCAGUGCUCCUCGAGAAUAUUGGCGAAGAGCUGGACGUUGCACUGGAGCCACUCUUAUUGAAGCAAAUUUUCAAAUCGAGUGGCUCCAACUGCAUUCGAUUAGGAGAUUCGGUAAUCGAAUAUAAUGAUAAAUUCAGGUUAUAUAUAAUAACGAAACUUAAAAAUCCACAUUACUUACCGGAAGUAACCGUUAAAGUGACAUUAAUAAACUUUAUGAUUACACCAAUUGGCUUAGAAGAUCAACUUUUGGGAAUCGUAGUUGCUAAAGAAAGACCAGAUUUGGAGUCGGAAAAGAAUCAGUUGAUAGCACAGAGAGCAAAAAAUGAAAAAACUUUGAGCGAUAUUGAAGAUAAAAUAUUAGCAGUUCUUUCGGAAUCCGAUGAAAACAUUCUUGAUGAUCAAACAGCAAUUAAUAUCUUGAGUUCCUCAAAGUUAUUAUCUAACGAAAUUAAAGCCAAACAGGCUUCCGCAGAAAUUACAGAAAAGUCUAUCGAUGAGACGAGACUGCAAUAUACAAUAAUCGCCAGUUACAGCACAAUUCUGUUUUUCACAAUUGCUUCAUUAGCCAACAUUGACCCGAUGUACCAGUACUCGCUAGUGUGGUUUGUGAAUCUUUUCGUGAGCACAAUUAGCAAUACGAAGCCUGUCGACGAUAUAGAUCAACGUCUCGAGGAUCUAAAAGAGUCUUUCACGUAUUCAUUAUAUGUGAAUAUCUGUCGUUCACUUUUUGAAAAAGACAAGCUACUUUUCUCCCUCAUUCUCCUUAUCAAUUUGCUCAACAAACAAGGAAAAAUGUCGAACACAAAGUGGAUAUUUUUCCUCAGUGGAGGCGUCGGACUCGAAAAUCCCUACCCAAAUCCAGCAAAGUGGCUCCCAAUCAAAUCCUGGGAUGAAAUCUGUCGGUUGAACGAACUUAACGGUUUUGAGAAAAUACGUUCGUCAUUUGAAGAAGACAUUGAGAGUUGGAAAGUAAUUUUCGAUGCCACGGAUCCUCAUUUCCUAAAUUAUCCAGCUCCGUUUGACAAUCUUACUCUUUUCGAAAAAUUACUUGUCCUUCGCUGUCUUCGUUAUGAUAAAGUUAUUCCGGCAGUUCAAUGUUUCAUUGAAGAGGAGCUUGGUAAGAAAUAUGUGGAGUCACCGCCAUUCGAUUUGGCCUCAUCCUACGCGGAUUCGUUCAGCUGCGCACCCCUGAUAUUUGUGCUGACUCCUGGUGCCGAUCCCACGGCCAUUCUAUUGAAAUUCGCCGAGGACCAGGGCUUCGGUGGCAGUCGGCUGAGUUCGCUGUCACUUGGCCAGGGCCAGGGUCCGAUUGCCGUCAAACUCAUCGACGAGGCCAUUAAAAACGGCACCUGGGUCGUGCUGCAGAACUGCCACUUAGCCAAGAGCUGGAUGAACACGUUGGAGAAGAUUUGCGAGGAUUUAACACCGGACUCGGUGCAUCCCGAUUUCCGACUGUGGUUGACAAGUUAUCCCUCGGAAUAUUUCCCCGUUAGUGUUUUACAAAAUGGAGUGAAAAUAACGAAUGAACCACCGAGUGGAUUGAGACAAAAUAUAAUAAAAUCGUAUUUGCAGGACCCGAUAUGUGAGCCGGAAUUUUUCGAAACACCAAAGCAGAACAGCAAUUUCAAAAAGCUACUCUUUGCUCUUUGCUUUUUCCACGCGAUUGUGCAGGAACGUCGAAAAUUUGGACCAAUUGGUUGGAAUAAUCGAUACGAAUUCAAUGAAACCGACCUACGUAUCAGCGCGCAACAACUAAGGAUUUUCUUAGGACAAUAUAAUGAUGUUCAAUUCGCCGCUCUAAAGUAUCUUACGGGCGAAUGCAAUUACGGCGGACGCGUGACCGACGAGUGGGACAGACGCACUCUGAAUACGAUUCUGGCCAAGUAUUACCACGAGGGCGUAAUUGCGAGCGACGAGGAUGAUGAAUCCAAGUAUUUCUUUGACUCGACUAGGGCUUACUAUGUGCCCCAGGUGAAUAACUACGCCGAGUUUUUGGAUUACGUCAGAACGCUGCCGAUGGUAACCAAGCCCAACAUUUUUGGCAUGGCUGAGAACGCGGACAUAAUCAAGGAUCAGCAGGAGACCGACUUGAUGCUGUCCUCGAUACUCCUCACGCAAGAUACCGGAACAUCAGAUUCCGAAUGCGAUAGAUCCACGGACGAUGUUGUCUAUUCGAUAUCUGCUGAUAUUCUCUCAAAGCUACCUAAUGACUUUGAUUUGAAUACGGCCCUUGAGAAAUAUCCGACUUCCUAUAAGCAAAGCAUGAAUACAGUUUUAGUGCAAGAAAUGGGAAGAUUCAAUAAGCUCUUACAAACAAUCAGGACUAGUUUAAUAAAUAUACAAAAAGCUAUUAAAGGUCUCAUUGUUAUGGACAACGAACUCGAUGAAAUUUUCAUAUCAAUAAUUAUGGGUAAAGUACCAAGACUUUGGCAUCAGGUUUCCUAUCCUUCGCUCAAGCCUCUUGGAAGUUACGUUCUUGACUUUUUACGUCGACUGAACUUCCUGCAGGAAUGGUUCGAAAAUGGUCCACCCGCGGCAUUCUGGCUCUCUGGAUUUUACUUCACACAAGCGUUUUUAACCGGAGCUAAGCAAAACUACUCGCGUAAAUAUUCCAUUCCAAUCGAUCUGCUGAUCUACGACUUUAUACCACUCAAGGAUACAACGUUCUCGAAACAGCCGGAGGACGGAGUUUACGUUUAUGGUCUCUUCCUCGACGGUGCUCGAUUUAAUAUGGAUACAAUGCUGCUCGACGAGUCUCUACCCAAAGUACUCUACGACGAUAUGCCUUAUUUGUGGCUGGUGCCGCUAAUAAAGGAGGACCUGCGGGAGCGGCCCUCCUACAUCUGCCCGGUGUACAAAACGAGCGAAAGGCGCGGCGUGCUCUCGACAACGGGUCACUCGACCAACUUCGUCAUCGCCAUGCUUUUACCAACAGACAAGCCGGCCGAGCACUGGAUACAACGAGGCGUUGCCAUGCUCUGCCAGUUGUCGCAAUGAUCAUCGGCGCCUAUUUUAUCGACUCUCUCAACGACGGGAGAUACGCGAGCGCCUCUUUC